CGUGAGUCUCAUCAUCAACAUUUCAAAAGUCAGCUGAUGAGUUAGUCAUCGAGUGGGAGUCCCUGGAUCUUGUUUUCUCUUCUAGUCGUGAUCUACAAAGAUACAGGAUCCACGCCUUUAUUGUGUUGCGGCUAGAUCCAGGAUGGCUCUUGUAAAAAGUGGAUGGCUUCAUAGACAGAGCACCAUCUUGCGGCGAUGGAAAAAGAAUUGGUUUGACCUUUGGUCUGAUGGAAGGCUUGUGUUCUAUGAUGACCAGCAGCGACGUGACAUGGAGGAUGAGAUACACAUGAGAAUUGACUGCAUAAACAUCCGCAAUGCAAAUGCAUGUCGAGAACUGACACCACCUGAGGGCAAGGGUCGGGAUUCCCUUCUGCAGAUCGUCUGCAGAGAUGGACGGGUUAUCAGCAUCUGUGCAGACAGCUCUGAUGAUGCUCUGGCAUGGACAAUGGCUCUCCAGGAUGCUAGAGUUAACACGGUUGUGGCUACACCCCAGAUUGGCUUGGCUGAGGAAGUUGUUGCCACGGCUCCUCCGCCAUACUCUGAGUGUGCCCCAGCCUCUCAGGUUUACUGUCCAGACCAAUAUGGAGGCUACGUCCCUCAGCCUCCCCCACAUGGCACACAAAUGGUUUAUUCUCCUGAUGGUCAAUACUACACCGUUGCUUACCCUUACCAGUAUCAAGGAGCUUACCCUCCUCCUGGAGUCAACCACAUUGUUGUCCAAGAGCGCCGCCGCGACGACGCUGGUGAAGUAGCGCUGGGCAUGCUUGCAGGUGCUGCGACUGGAUUGGCUCUUGGAUCUCUCUUCUCUGUGUUCUAAUAUGGUGGUCCCAAACUCAUCUAAAGAUUUCUUACUCCACAGAUCACAUACUGUUAAGGCAGCUGUCCAAGUGAAGGUUUAACUGCAGUAUCACUGCAAUAUAAUAGCUAUUAUCCUUGUGUUAGUUGGGCUUUAAAGUGUAUCUGUGUGAACUAACCUUCCUGUCUUUGUACCAAAGACCUAUUAUCCCCUGUACCUCACUUUAUGUCAGGCUUCUUAGUAAGUAAGUUACACACCUACGAGAAUAACUGUUAACCACAGAAUAACAAUAACUGAUUUAUGACAAAUAUAAUAAUGAAGGGAACAACACUUUACUUAGAUUAAUUUAUUAAUGAGUAUUAAUUUUGAUAUGUACUAGAUAGAUUCUUUAUGUGAUUUUUUCUUUGAAGCCUACUUUGAGUCACCAUGAUGGAAUCAAAGUUUCAGAUAAGUGAAACCUCCUUUGACGCAAUAUGGGUAGAUAUCAAGUACUUUGCUUAUUUGGGCUAAUAUGUAAGUAUUGGUGCCUUCAGGGUCUGUUGGAGGAGGUAUCCCUGUUUCGGCAAUUGUGGCUUUGCACUUUAUUUAACCCCCAAGCACACCCUCCUCAUUCAGUUUUAACUCCGGGAUGUUUCUUUUCUGAUGUGUUCAUAAUUAGAAUUUAGUUUCCUGUUAUUAUGUACAUGUGUUAAAUGCUUUCUUUGAUGUGCAGUAGACUUAACACUCCCUAAGAUCAAGAAUUAGAGUCUGAAAGACCAUUUAUCUGUGUAUAUAUCCAUAUCAAAUAUCCAAGACUUUGGGGUUGGUCAGAACAUUUCAUCACCUUGUGUCUUUCAGAGUAUGUUUAAUUAUUUAUUGUCUCAGAUAUGUACAAACAGAAAAAUGUUGUGUUCAGGUCUUAAGAUGCACAAAUAAGAAGGGUAAUUAGGGAAACUAUAUGUAUUUUCCAUACGUGCUUCAUCCAGUAGCCUCAGGGCAUCCAGCCAUUAUAAAUGAUGGAUCAGGACUUCUUCCAUUCAAAUCACCAUGCACUUUCACAAAUCAAUUCUUUGUCAUUGAAACUAUUUCAUUGCUUUGUGCUUUGCUUUUCACAUCAUUUGUUUUCCCUUUUAAAUUAGUUACUGACCGUGUUUCAAUACUUGUGAAGAUGUUUUGUUCUCUAAGAGAUGAAGGAUCAGAAGGCCAGCAAUCUGAUAGAAGUUCAUUAUUUUGUUCUGCUUAUACUUUAUGUAAUAUCUUCUGAGUGGCAUUUCUGAUGAUUCUCUUGAGGAUGGAUUUUUAACAUACUUGCUACAUUGCACAAAAAUGUAUUGCUAUUAUUUACAAAGGUCUUGGAUUUCAAGUCAAUAAUUGAUUGUACUUUUACUCAAAGUUAACAUUAAAAUAAAAUGAAUACAUGUA